GCAGCGCGCACACCCUUCUCCUCCCCGUAGCGCCUGCGCCUUGGAGAGUUGGGGGACGGGACAGAAACACCAAGAGGGCGGUGCUGCGUGACGUGCAGGGCGGAGACGGAAUACGGCACGGUAGCCGGAGCAGUUCGGUGGCCGGCUGUCACGGGCUAGUCGUUCUUUGCAGCCGCGCAGCGUUGUCAGAGUUUCCGGGAUGGAGUGCCUAGAUCGCUGCGCGCGCUUCUUACGUCCCUGGCUGGUCCGAAGCUCGGUGCGGAGGACGAUGCCUUGGGGGUUCCUGGGCCUCAUGUUCGGCGGGUCGCUCGUCAAGGAGUUGGCACCACUGCCCGAAUCCUACAUGAGCAACAAGCGCAACCUGCUCAACGUCCACUUUGUGAAAUUUGCCUGGGGCUGGACAUUCUGUCUUCUACUACCUUUCAUCACUAUCACCAACUACUACGUCACCCGGAAUGCUCUGAUGGUCUUGAAACGCCUCAGCACUUUGAUGGUUGGCUCUGCUGUCUGGUAUACAUGCACAAGGGUAUUCCUGCACAUUGAGAACCUCACAGGAAGCUGCUACAAAUCGCCAGCCCUUGACAUAUUGCGCUCAGAACAUCCUAGCAAACUACAGUGCCUGCAGGCUGGUGGAUUUUGGCAUGGUUUUGACAUCUCUGGGCACUGCUUCCUCCUCUCAUACUGUGCUCUAAUGAUUGUGGAGGAGAUGGCUGUGAUGCACAAUGUGAACACUUCCCGGAACCCUAGGCUGCACACAGUGGUCAGUGGGUUAUUCCUGGCCUUGAGUUGCUUGACUCUGAUCUGGUUGUGGAUGUUUUUUACUACCACUAUAUAUUUCCAUGACUUCUUCCAAAAGUUCUUUGGUACGUUGGUGGGCCUCUUGGCUUGGUAUGGAACUUACAGAUUCUGGUUCCUGACACCUUUGUCUCCUGGACUUCCUCCCCAAAGUACCAAUUUGAGUUCCCAGAAAUUCAAUCGUAGCCUAUAAAAACAGUUUCUAUGAAUCAGGUUUUGUUUUAAAGAAUAUUAAUUAUUUACAUUUAAUAUUAUGCAAGUUAUUAACGAACAUAUUUAAAGGGAGGGGCAAAAGACCAAAUAUUUUUGUGUUCUGGCUAGAGAUUAUGAUCUAAUUCUAAGUAGGAGGGUCCUGCUGUUGGAAUCCUACUAAUCAUGAGGCAGAUGGUUCAGCUUCUUAGAUAACUUAGUGGAAACACUAAUAACUGUUGGCAGUGGAAUCUAAAUUCCAGAAACCUGGAAAAUACCAACCAGUCAGCUACAGAUUCAUUAGAAAUGCAAGAAGCCAACUUCAUACACCAAACAAAAAAAAUAAACUUGCCACAAAAAUGUAGCAACCUGCAAUGGAAAAACCAUUGUUGGUUCAGCCAAAUGUAGGGGCCAAGGGAGCUAUUUAGCUGAGAACUUUGCUCUUCUGACUAUAAAUAUUUCAACCUUUUGUAUCAAGUUAUCUACUUCCGUUGUGUGAUGUCCUGAAGCCAAGAAUGGAGCUUGAUGCAAAAUAAGACUUUCCGUUAUGUAACUCCUUUAGGUAAAGGAGGGCCACCAUUGAGCCAUAGAUAGUUAGUGCCAUGGGUUAGCAGAGUAAAUCUGAAGAAUUGCUUUAUGUCAAUGCUGUGUAUAAACAACAAUUCCAGAUUGUUAAAUGUUUUUGGUCUCCAGCCCUGCCUAGCCACCUCCUGAAACUGACAUUAAUUUCCAGAUUCUUUUCUUGAGACAAAAUGAGGCCAUUCACAUGAGCGUGCAAAACCGGGAUAAGGAAGCCCAGCCUGGUUUUGCACACUCAUGUGAACCACCGGGAUCGGGCCCGAUCCUGGUAGCUACACCUUGGCAAACCUGCCAAAGUAGCUUCCUCGUUAAAUGAGGUUAAGGGAGAGAGAGCGCUCCUUUAACUGCAUUUUGUUGAACGUGUGUCUGUGCUGUGGUGGGCACACUUGGAGAGGAGCUCCCAGUAAUGCACCAUAUACUCGCACGGUGCAUUAUUGGGGCUCCAGGGGGGUGGGAUGCCACGCAGCAGCACUUCCCUACGCCUGACCCCUGGAGCUUCCGGGAGAGCUGCAGGCAAGCUGCCGCUCAUCUGGGAAGGGUAAGUGAUCAUCUGUAGGGAGUGUUGGGCAAACCCACUCUCCCCACAAACCUGCAGGGAGUUCUUCUCUGUGAUCGUGAGAAGAGCUCCAAUGUCUUGCCUCGCCCAACUCUUGUGUUGGAAUUUAUUUCUCCAUGUUAUUAAAAUCCUUUGAGUUCCUUGAUCUCUGUGGCAAUGUAAUAUUUCUGUUGCAACACAUUUUAUAUAGGUGGCCCUCGUUAUUCGAGGUGGUUCUAUUCCCGCAAUUUCCGCAGAUUACAAAACCUUAACUCUGUGGGAAUUAGGGGGAAGGAGGGUAGGUUCCGAACAGAAAAAAAUGCCUAAAAAGUGGGAAUGGGGGGAGAAAUAAGAGUAGGAAUGCACAGUAACUUUGUCGUCAGGGCUUCAGAAAUGCUUUUGAAAACCCCCAAAUCAGCUGCAUUUUGGGCAGGAAAAGUGUUGUUGUUUUAAAGAAAGAGUCUCACAAUCGCUCCAUGCUCUAAAAUGGCCAGAAGUCAUUUCCGGCCAUUCCGCAAACAGGCAAAUUUUAGCCUAUUUUUGCACUACAGAUAAAGAAACUGCGUGUCUCAGACCAGAUCUGUGGGUGACAAGGGCCACUUGUACUGAAAGUCAAAGUGUUCCUGUUAUAGCAGGAUAUUGGUUGCAGAACUGCAGCAUUAACAGUAUCGGCUGUUUAUCACAACUUUAAUUUACUCUCUAAUAGUCUGUAUAGGAACCUGAUAUAAAAAAUGGUGGUGUUUGCAUGUUCCCUACUGUUGGAUCCAGAAAUGAUCUAAUUUCAAGUGAAAUUUUAAAUUAAAAAAUAGAGUGCUCCCCCACAACACACAUCUUCAUUACACUAUUUUUUUAAAGCUUAUGUAGUUGUAUUAUGUUUGCUCCAGCUCUGUCACUUGCACUGAACAAGAAAUUCAGUGAUUUUUAAUUUUAAGUAUUUAUAGAAAGUGGUAUAUGUAAUGGAACUUGCCUUGUAUGUUUCAUUCAGAGGCCUAGUACAUAUAUGGGCUUUUAAAAUGUAUUUGCAGUACUUAAGUUCACAAGUUUAGAACCACACAACCCCUUUGUUCCAAAGUAUUUUUAUAGAAGUCACUAACCCUUAUCCAGAAUUAGUUGUGGUUGUUCUGUGUUUUAGCCAGAGCCUGCUAUCCUGAACUCAAAAAUUGACAGGCAUAUUUCAGUACGCUGUAUGAAUAUUUUGUGUCAAGUUUGUGAACCGCAAGCCACUAAAGGGUGGGGGUAUUUGUACUUAGUUACAUAUAUAUUGACAUGCAAGAAAAGUACUUUUAAUUUUUCUGUACCCUUAUGCAUACAUGCAUGGAAAUUCCAGUGGUGGGGCAUGCAAUAUUUGUAUGCUCAGUUGUUUUAGGACUAAAAAGUUGCUUUUUAAAUUUCCCCAGCUUUUUUGUGGCUUGUAGGGAAACAUCAUGUAAAACGUAGAUGUUCAUUGCAGGCACACAAAAUACCUUGAUGAAUUGAAUUUUGUGACUAUGCUGCCUGUCCCAUUGAUUUCUGUGGGACUAAGGUGACUUGGGGAUCUAUACCAUAUUUAAGUGGCUUCUAAACUAUAGAUAAGGGUAGGUUCACUCAGUUCUAUUUCCUUACAUACAAGUAGUUUAAAGCCAUUCUUAAAUUGUGAGCAAGAAGCAGGUGGCCAGACUAUGGACCUUCCAAAGUCCACUAGUCAGAGAUAGGAUGAGAAUAGCCACAGUGGAUAUAAUGAAAUUGAUAUAUUUGCAGGAUAUAUAGAGCAAUGAUAUGUAAAGGAAUGGAAGUAGCCCCCAUUUAAUUGUAUCUUUUAAAAACGAAAGCUGCCUUGGGGAUCCUUCUAGAUAAAAAGGCAGAGUGGAAAUCAAAUACAUAAAUUGGACUAUACAUGAGGGCAAAAAGUAGUCAUUACCACAGUUGUAGCAGUGCUUCUUUCAGCCACUCUAAUCAUUGAAAUAGCUGUGGCUAUAGCAAUGUGCAGUCCAGUUCACCCUGACCUUUGCCUGUCCCAGUGUGUGCCUGAGGAUGGAACCUUGCAACUUUUGGGAAGCAAAAAAGAUGCUGAGUAAGAACUGACCCUAAGUAUUAUACCUUUCAAUAUGCUGACAUCUUGCUGACUACAAAUAGAAAACUACAUUUUUUCAGUUUUAGUAUUGAUAUGCUAUGCAUUGGGAUUUUUUUUUAUAAACUAUGCACUUAAAACAUGCACCGAGAGUCCUUUCCUUGCUGUAAUUUAUAUGCAUAAAUAUUUCAAAUAGUCCUCUUGACUUCUAUGUUAAAUAUUGUAGAACUAAUAGCUGAGUUUAGUUAUACCUGGUUUCUUUUGUACUCCGUGUGAUUCAGUUCACUUCAUAUCAGUGGCUUUAGUCUGGUUCUCCAUGACUCAUUAAAUCAACUGCAAUUUUAAAGCUGUAACUGAAUUUUGCAGAUUUUUGCAAUCAGGACUAUCCAGUAGUUCUGAUUGCUUGUCAGUGAGUAGCAUCCAGAGUGGCAUUCGUGAAACAGUGUAAACACAAGCCAUGUUCCUUGCUGCACCACCUAAAUCCCACAAAAGAGCUGUUAAUGAGAGGUGAUUAACCCUCAACAUGAUAUGUGGCAGGGGUGACUUCAGGGGAAAUAAGCCCCCCCAACACACACACACACACACACACACACACACACACACACACACACACCCCAAAUGGGUGGAGAUCCAUCUGGUUUCUGGGGAUACCAACCCCACUUUGUAGAGCCAUCUCCGCCGCAUCCCAUGCCAUUGCUGACAGUACAUCAACACUUGGACAGCUUUGCCGGGGGAGUUGGGGGAAAUGGCCUGUGCCACUCUGGAUACUACUCACUGUGUUUGUUAAACUGUGGAUAUUUCCAGUAGUAUCGCAAUAAUGCUCUGAUCCUAAAGUCACAUGGUUUGCACAUCAUUCCCUUUUUCUUUCAGUCGGAAUUCCUUCCAAAUAAAGGAUCAGAGGUGUCUGGACUAAACUUCUCAUGAGUAUUUUUGUUUUCCUUUUCAGAAUUAUUGCUUCUCUUUUUUACCGCAGCCUGAUCUACAGUCUGUGUGCCACAAUGCUACCUCCAUUUUUUCUUUGCUGUCCUGGAGAACAGGAACAGAUCCUCUUGGUCUGGACCAGAUCCAGUAUAAAAGUGCUAUUGAAAUUGGUGAUAUUCCUAAAGCUCUGGGCAUCUCAUAAUUUAGGACCUUCUACUAGAGAUUAAGAACUUUCACUUAUUCAGUACUGUGACAAAUCUACUUUAAGCUGCCUUUUUUGAAUAAGAUCCCAAUAGUAUUAAGGAAGCUGCACAUUGUUUGGCUUUUAAGAUGUAUUAAGAACUUCUGUUAUUCAUGCCCUAUCCAUAAAAAUCAAUUACCAUUUUGCUAUUGACUUGACCAGGAUGUGGACUACACACACCGUUUCCCCACUACAAUUCACAUUGACCUAUAUUGGGUCCCUAAAUGUAUGUUAUACUGUUUUAUUAGUUUUACAUUCUAGCUAGGCUCAGAAUAUUAAUAUAAAUGUAAUAAUAUAGAUGCCUUAUUAAGAUGUCUUGGGUUAUUUCCAAUACAAAGUAUGUAAAGAAAAUUGUGGGACUUGAACUGAUCAUACUUGCUUUCAAGUAGUCAUGAGUCUCAUUGAUGUCACUGUGACUUAUGUCCAAGUAAGUAUGCUUAGCGUUAUGCCAUUAAGAAAAUUGUGCUAUUGGGUGAGGAAGGUUACAGGGUGGUGAGUACAGAGACCCAAAUCAAGAAUAUUACUUGAAAGGAAGCUGAGUAAAUAAAAGAUGACAUUAAAUUAAACACCUGUUUGAGCAAAAGGUGUGGAUAUAAGUUCUUCAGGAAUUUGUACCAGAAAUAUUCAGCUUUCUGGAGUAAUCGUAGUGUAACAUUGAUCCUUGGGAUGACUCCUGUGGGUGUACUCAUAUCAAACUUGAAUAUCUACCAAAAUGUAGAUAUUCCUGUGAACUGUAGCUACUGAGGAAUCUAGAACUGUCUUGUGGAAUGUUUUUACAGAUAUAUUCCAUGGGUAGAUCCAUCUGGACAAACUGUCUUCAUAUGUAGAUGAACCUUGGCAUUGUUCCAGGACUAUCCUGUGUAUGGCCUCCAGUUUUCUAUCCUCAAACAAUAGGCCUACAUGAUAGGAUCACACUUGGCACAUUAAAUCUUUGGUCUGAUGGUGGUUUAAGGAGAAAACACUUUGUACCAGAUGGUUGAUUUCUUCCAUACUGUGUGACUACCUCGUGGUCCCCUCCGCUAUCACAAAAUCUGUGUACCUUUGUAGAUAUAUCCAUAUCCCAUUAUUAUAAGGGGUUUAUGGCAAAAUUCCACCAGCUAUUAUUGAGCUUGAAAUAGGUAGUAUUUCUCUGGGAUAAACCCUGUAGAUGCUUUUAUACAAUUGCCAUGGACCUGACAUUAAAAGGCAUGGGUGUACCUUGGGAGAUACAGUAUGUCUGACCCAAUAUCAAAUUCUUCGUAGACAGAGCCCUUGGUUUUGGAACAAUCGGCUGAUGUAUGCAUGCACUGAUGUUUAGUCUUCAUAUAUGAAGGCUCUGUACUUGGUUCAAAAACUGGUGAAAUGCUGGAUUCUUUUUACUCCUGUGCCUUUUGAUUGCAUUUGCAUUGGAUAAUACCGUCUGCCUCAUGUUUUGUAUUAUGCUAUGGAAUUAACGGACAGUAACUCUUCUAACCAGUGUCCUAUUCUCACCCCGCCCCCCCGCCCUUCGUGGUGGAAGGUACUUUAUACACUAUUUUCUGCCAGUGGAGUACAACUGAUUUCAUCUCAAGAAUGGAGUAAUUUGAUAUACUCAGCAAGGCAGAAAUUCCGUAUUUGAUGUGGGUUUUGUCAGAGGUUUAUUAUCUUUUAGAACUUAAAAGCAUUUGCUACAGAUACCUGUAUUUCACCUUCUAAAAUGCAUGCUUUAAAAAAAGCAGGGUACAAAUGUAGGAAUGGAUGCUGAUAAGAAGCAAAUGUAAUCAUGAAAAUAUUGGGCAGAAUAACGCUGCCUUUUCCAUUAAAGUUUAUUCAUUGGAACUUUGUCAUUUGCAUUUGUACAGAAUUACAGGUCCUGUUUUUUGUGAAAUGUGGAAAAGUUUAUAAACAGACAAUAUAUCUGCUUCUAAUGCAAGUUACUCUGUAAACUUGAGCCUGUUUAUUAUAUCAAAGUGAUAAUAUCUCUUAAGACUGCAAUCCUAGAAACAUUUACUAGGGAAUAAAUUCUGUUGAAUUAACUGGGACUUCCUUUGGAGUAAGCGUGCAUAGGACCAGGUUGUACAUUUUGGACAAUUCAAGCUGACUUUUUAAGGAUGUAUGAUUAAUGAUUAAAAUUUCUUUUUAACGUUU